UCGCCGGUGAUCGAAAGCCAUGGCGGGAAAGGAAGUGCGGGAGUACACCAACCUCAGGGACCCCAAAGAUCGGAAAUGGGGGAAAGGGAAAGACAAGAUCGACGACGAGGACGUCACCUUCCAACGGAUGGUGGCUAAGGCAUGCGUGUUGGAAACAUUUUCUUUGUUAGUGUUCUGAUAACGUGCCCCGGCAGGGAUAUUGGCUUCUCCUGUUGGGCGGUUGAUGCUAGCAGAUGCAGGAAGUUGCCGGUGAACGUGGAGGCUACCUUCAUGGGCGAGGCGCUUUGGACAGCGAUGACUUGCUAUAUCUUAAAGAACAAAUGGAAGCCGAGGAAGAUGCCGAGCGUCUUCUACGGCGCACUGAAAAACGGGCAUUUGCUGCAUUUAAGAGCUGCAAGUUUGGCGGACUCCUCACCUGCACCUUUGCCCCUGCCACUUCGGGUUGAACCGAAGCCAAAGAGUGGCAUAAGGCAGCAAGAUCUCUUGAAAAACAUCAUUGGAAUCAAACCUAAGCGGCAGAAGGUUUCGAGCCCUGGUUCUUUGCAACCUGAGCAUUCCACCCAAUCUUUCCCUGGAAGAGUUGCGUCACCUGCAGACAGUGAAGGAAAGCUUGGGAAGAAUCUAUCUCCCACGAGGCCAUGCGAAACACAGAAAAGUUCAUGCUUGGUGGCUGCCGUUGGGGUGCACAAGAAACAGGAAGAGCAGGAGGGUAAAGAUCCUUCCAUGAAAUCAAAGGGUGCAGAGGAUGCAGUUAAAAGUUUGCUAGGUUUAGCUUAUGAAAGUUCCGAUGACGAAUGACCAGAGAAAAAAUAUGCAUGCAAUUUUGUUGCAUCUCAUAAAAUUUUAGGCUGUUUGUUUUUCAGUUUUAAACCUUGUUGACCUAUUUAUGUAAUGUGAGGAAUGUUGGUGGUAAAUAGGAGACUGCUUUUCUCAAAAAAUUAUUCCUCUUUUCCCCAAACAUCAUAUUUUAUUUGAUGAACAAAAAGUUAUGGCUCUAUACAUGGCCAAUUCUUUUCCCA